AUGUGUGAUAUCCCAGUAUUCAAACGACCUUUCCAUAAGCUCCGUAGGGCUGUAAGCCGCGACAGAGGCACCGACAAACCCGCUGCAGAGAAGUCAUCAUGGCCGGCAUCGGCAUCUUCUACCUCUGUAGCAGCAGCAUCAGCAGGUGGGGGUAACACGCUCGAAGUUCCUGGACAACGCGGGCGUGAGGACUCGCCGACAUUAGUUACAAGUGGACCCGUGGUCGAGAGGAGGAUCGAUAAUGAGGCGCAUUUGGAUCCAGAAGAGAGGACUGCGAGGGUACCAGACCUCGCCUUUAUUCAGGCACUUAAAUCCCACGAAGAUGCCCUAUCUCCUUCUGAGAAGGCCGCCUUUCUAGCCUCUAAAACUGAGAAUCCGGAAGAGCUUAUCAAGCAAGUUCAAGACCUCGAUGCUAAACACCAUCAGACCAGUCUUUCUCGAGCGGUUGGACCACGGGUCCAGAAGGUGAUGGUGGGGAUGGAUAUGUAUAUGGGAGUUAUUGGAGCCUUGAUUAGUUAUUCUCCGGAUGUCUCGGGACUUGUAGUAGCUGGUCUACAGUGUGUUAUCAAACUGGGAAUUAGGUUUUUCGAAUUCUUCGAAAACCUGACAAGUAUGAUGGAAACCCUAGAGAACCAUGUGUCAUAUCUAUCGAAAUACGCCAUGUCCAUGUUUCAGGAGUCCGAGGAUAUUCGAGAGGCACUCGCGCGGACUUAUGGCGAUUUGUUGGACUUUUUUGCACAGGCAAGACGCGUGUUUACAGACAAUGACGGGAAUGCAACCAGGUGGACAUCUUUUAAAGUCUUCUUCCGAAUGACUUGGCAGCCAUUUGAAGAGAAUUUUAGUGGAAUAAAGGCGAAAUUCCUUGCAAAUGCUGAGAUUGUGACAAGAGAAGCACAAGUUCAUGGUCUCGUGUCUGCUGAUGCAGAGCGGCAGCGGAUACUUAUGAGAGAGCAGCAGGCAGAUCAAGAAAAAGAAGAUAAUAAACGACGUGAAGUAUUCACUUGGCUAUCAGAUCUAGACUUUGAGGAAGUGCACGAAACACAGUUUCACAAACGAUUCGGUGAAACCGGUAACUGGCUUCUCAACGAUACUGGUUUUACGGACUGGCAGAAUAGUUCCGAUUCUGGUCUCCUCUGGAUUCACGGCACACCAGGCACUGGAAAAACAGUUCUCUGUUCUCUCGUCCUCGAGACACUCACUGAGAUCACCGCCCUUUCCUCCCCCGGUACCACUGGAAUCGCUUUUUCCUACUGUAACUAUUCACUUCCUUCCACCCAGCAAAACCCGGGCUCUUUUAUUGCAACCUUCAUCAAGCAACUUUCCCGCUGUUGUCCCCGGAUCCCAGAACCCCUCGAGAAGCUAUUCAACUCACACGAUAAAAAUGCACGCAAUCCGAGUUACCUUGAACUGCGCCAGUUAUUUCUAGAGGUUGCAGCAGGUUUUGAGAGAAUUUAUGUGGUAAUAGAUGCGCUGGAUGAGUUUGAUCCCCAGCAGAGAGGAUCUUUUCUGUUAUUCUUGUGCGAGAUUAUGAAGUUCUCAGGGGGGUGCAUAAAAUUGUUUAUUACGAGCAGGAGGGAAGCGGAUAUUGAAAGGGCAUUUACGGAUGUACCUACGAUAGCGAUUGAGUCGGCAAGGUUAAAGGGGGAUCUCGAAGAGUAUGUGGAAGGGGAAUUGGAGCGGAGAUAUGAGGAGGGAGCUUUGAGACUUAAAGAUCAUACAGUCAAAGAUGCUAUCUUUUCAACCUUGGUUGAGAAGGCAGAUGGGAUGUUUCUCUGGGUCAAAUUUCAGCUCGACUUACUAUGCUCCCAAACCUCCGACCGGCAGAUCCGCAAAGCCCUGCAGAAUCUCCCUGCAACGAUGGAUGAGACAUACACACGCUGUCUUGCCUCCAUAGAAAAGAAAUCCAAAUCAGAAAUUGAGUUGGCAAAGAAGGUCUUCAUGUGGCUGACGUACGCUCAACGGCCUAUGAGAUUGGGCGAAUUAUCACAAGCGGUGGCUAUGGAGAUUGAUAUAGAAACUCCAGAAGACAUAGAAGAGUCCAUUGUCAAUGACCUCGAGUUACUCGUGACUGUGUGCGGUGGCCUUGUAACGGUGGACAUCAUGCAUAGCAUGUAUAACCACUCGACUGUGAGGUUUGUACAUUUCACAGUGCAGGAGUUCUUAACGGGCCAGGGGAGUGGUAGCUCGGUAAUGCUGAAACAGAAUUCACAGCUGGCGCAUGAGGAGAUUGGGCAAAUGUGUAUAAAAUAUCUGAUGAUAAUGUACUCUGCGCCGUCCGAAGAACCAACUCUCUGGGAUAGUUUCGACACCUACGCAGAAACUUUCUGGCACCACCAUAUUCGAGCCCUUAAUCAACUAAGCGAAGAUGUUUGGGUACUUUUGUACAGUUUCAUGAACUCUGGUGAACUCUUCUAUAGGACCAUUCCCCAAUUCAAAAUCGCAAGCGAUAAAACACCGCGGAAGAUCUCGCCCUCUACUAUCGCAGCAGUGCUUGAUCUCCCGUUAGCGUUGAGCCGUUUAAUCCAAGAGAAUCUCGACAAAUCAGAUCCCACUGAGAAUGGUUUAGAGGCUCUUCAUUGGGCGGCGGAGAUAGGCUCGCUCAAAGGGAUUGAAUGGCUGUUAGAACGGGGUGUUGAUGUCAAUGGAAUGAGUGCGUACGGGUUUACACCACUGUACUGUGCCGUCAUGAAGCAAAACAACGGGCUAGUAGAGUUUUUGAUUAGCAAGGGAGCAGAUGUAAACGCAAAAGGAGGCAUUUGGGGGAGCUCUUUUCAGGCCGCGGCCAGGAAGGGUAACAAAGCAUUGAUACAGCUGUUAUUGGAGCAUGGGGCGGAUGUUAACUUAAGGUAUGGGGAGAAGGCAGAUGCUUUACAAGUAGUUGCUGCCCUGGGUAACGAGGAGCUGGUACAUUUUUUACUGGAGAACGGUGCCAAUAUCAGUGCUCAAGGUGGGGAGCAUGGAAAUGUACUACAGGCUGCUUUCACCAGCGGUAAUGAACAGCUUGUACGGUAUUUGCUUGCUAAAGGGGCUGAAGCAACUAUCCAAGGAAAGACCGUCGCUGCAACUGCGUUGAGUGGUAAUAUAGCGCUCGUAGAGCUGCUACUGGAGAUGGGAUGCGAUGUGAAUUCGAAAGGUGGGCGCCAAGGAAGCGUACUCAAGUCGGCUAUUUGGAGCGGGAACAAGAAGUUGGUCGAAUUCUUGAUAGAAAAGGGAGCAAAAGUAAACAUGCCUGAGGUAGAAGAUGGAUAUUACGGCAGUGCGCUGAAUGCAGCGGCUUUGAAGGGCAACGAGGCGAUUAUCCAACUCCUGUUGACCUCGGGAGCAGAGGUCAAUAAACGAUGCGGUCACUUUGGAAACCCGCUCCAUGCCGCUGUUUGGAACGGCAACCCAGUGGCAAUAAAGCUACUCUUGGACAAUGGGGCAGACCCCAACUCGAGGAUGAAAGAUGGGGCGAAUGCGUUGCAGGUUGUAGCUUCGAAAGGGCAAUUGCAGCUGGUGAAGCUGCUUUUGGAGAAUGGGGCAGAUCCGAACCUGAAGGGUGGUCCUUGGAAAUGCGCCAUGGAGGCGGCUAGAAUCAAAAAUCAUGAACGAAUAACAAAGUUGCUCCGGGAACAUGGCGGUGUGGAUUAUGUUGCCGAGAGAGAUUGA